AUGGUUAGAACUCAGGAAGAAAUGGGAGCAACAAAAUUAGAGGAGUCCAAUGAGGAAGAAACAAUGGGGGAAAAACAACAUUCAAAAGAAUGGGUUCAUGACAGAAUACUUUACAAUGAUGAUGAAGUAUUGUUUGAUGUUGAUGACGAUAUUAUGGAUAUUAUUGGGGAUAAUGACAAAAAAUCUGAGCCCUUUGAAGCAUUGCUUGAUGUUGUGACCUUAGAGAUCACACAAAGAGACGGUGAAACCAGGUUUGAGAGGGCUGAAGCAUAUGGUGAUUUCAAUUCUUUAGAUAACAUCCUAAACAUAAUGAAAUGGAGUGAUAAAGAUAUGAAUUUUUUACAAGACCAAAUACAAGAAAAUUCUAUCAAUAAACAAAGGAUUGGGGUGUUAACAACAGAAAAUGAAGAGUUGAAAAAGGUGAUCAAAUGCAUGGAAACGAAUGAAACAACUAAAAAGAAAGGGGAGGAAUGUGCAGAUAAUGUUGUCAUGAAAACACAAGUCCUAGAUUUCGUGAUAAAACUGAUGGAUAAAGAUAUACAAAUUUUUGAGUUGGAGAAUCUUGUGAAAGUUAUGAAGAAGGAAACUGACGAUGUCAAGGCUGAAAUGGCACAACUUGAA